AUGGAAAGUUCUUUGAUAGUUUUUGUUUUCAUGCUCAUAGGUAUCAGUUAUCAGCAAAACAUUCUUCCCGAACACAAAAGACGCCACUGCAGUGUGUUACAGACCUCGGAUAUCAUGGAACAUGCUAUGCCAGAGAUACGACGUAUCCUUAAGCAAGAAUACGAAAGUCUCCGGCGUAUUCUCGAAGGUGAUUUCGAAAAUCUCAAAAAUCAAUAUGAGCAACUGUUGACUGCGCUGAAAGGCCGUGUCAGGGAGGAAUGUGACUCUAAGGAAGCAUAUCUUGCGGAGAUCAGAAGCGAGGAAGAAAAUAACUUCGUCAAAUCUGAGUUACGGAAAAUCCACGUCAAAGCGUACCCAUCGAUGACUCAGAGUUACUUUUUAGGAGGUACAGACGAAGACAACGACAAUCAUUGGAUCUGGACAAAGGAAAAAGAAAGGAUAGAAUAUAACGACUGGGGAGAAAAUGAACCGAACGAUAAAAAAUUCGCGAAGAAUUGCUUGACGAUGAGGGCAGAGGUCGACUUUUCAUGGAAUGAUGAAAAUUGUUAUUUAAAAUUUCAUGCAAUAUGCAAAAGAAGUGCAGGAUUGCGCUCACCUCCUUGAAGAGAGUCCUAAUCGUGUCAAUUACC